AUGAACUCUCCGGGUAAACUUAUUGAUAUUGAUAGUUCACCGACCAACCUUCUAAACUCUUCACAACCAGAGGAUAAUGCUUUAAACUCGAUCAACGCUAUCUCAGAGUUAAGAUUACCAACGUAUUGUAUUAAUAAUCCAAGAAUCUGGUUUGCUCAGAUUGAAGCUUUAUUCAUGGCUAGAGGCAUAAAAUAUCAGGCAUUAAAGUAUGCAUACGUAGUCGAUGCACUUCCUGUUGAGAUUGCCGCUGAAGUUGGAGAUCUAAUCGAUCACGUGCCAGGAUCUGAACCAUACGAUAAGAUAAAAGCAGCAGUUAUUCAACGCACCACGGUCUCAGAUGAGAAAAGGCUGCAACAAUUGUUAACAUCUUGUGACUUGGGAGAUAAGAGACCCUCUCAACUUCUCCGUCACAUGAAACAACUCGCCGGUCCAUACAAGCUAGACGAAGCCCUCCUGAAGCAAAUGUGGUUUCAAAGAUUACCACACAGCGUUAGACAAAUUCUCAGUGUUUCAGGGAAAUCCGUCGCACUUGAUGACUUAGCCGACAUGGCGGAUAAAAUGAUGGAAGUCUACCAUGAUAGUCACGGUGUGAACUCAUUGCAACCAUCUGGACCACUAGAUAUUAGCUGUUUAGUCUCCUUUCAAAAGCAGUUAACGCAUUUAACGAGCCAGCUAGCGUCUCUGCAAUCAACCAUAGCAACCAUCCAAGCUAGACAAUCGAGAUCCCCCUCCAGACGAAGAUCUUUUUCUAGACAACGGUCUAGGUCACCGAAGCGAACAUCUGAUGUUUGUUGGUACCACCAAAAAUACGGCACCAAAGCAAGGCGUUGUACACGACCGUGCACAUUUUCUGCGUCUGACACAGAAAAUCAGGGAAACGGCCCGGCCAGACAGUGA